AUGCUCAAGCGUCCUGUAAGAGGCCAGAAGAAGAGGAAGGAAGUACACAAGAAACUGAAACCGAGCAAUAUGGCUUGUGGGUCUUCAGAGAAAUCCUCGCCUGAUUGGUUUGAUGCUUUAGCCAAGAAGAUUGCCAGUAAUCUAGAUUCACGUCCGUCAAAGGGCUUGGAUAGCUUCAAAUGUGUUUUCAAAAUGUCCAGAAGAACUUUUGAAUAUAUAUGUUCGCUUGCAAGGGAGCACAUGGCGGUGAAGACACAUUUUGCCUUUAGCAAUGGAAAACCAAUGUCCCUGUAUGAUCAAGUUGCUUUAGCCUUGAAUAGGCUUAGUUCUGGUCGUUCACUUGUCUCUAUUGGUGACGCAUUCGGGACAUCUCAGUCUACAGUCUCUCAAGUGACUUGGAGAUUUGUGGAGGCCAUUGAGAUGAAUGGGCAUCAGCAUAUCAGGUGGCCUUCCACGGAAAAUGAGCUAAUGGAUAUAAAGUCCCAGUUUGAACAAAUUCAAGGCUUGCCAAAUUGUUGUGGAGCAAUUGACACCACACAUAUUGUGAUACUGUUAUCCACCUCUAAGCGAAGAACUGAUGUGUGGCUUGAUUCGAAAGAGAAUUACAGUAUGCCUUUACAGGCAAUAGUUGGUCCCAACUUGAAGUUCCUGGACAUAUUCAGUGGAUUGCCAGGAAUGUUGAAUGAAAGUUCACUACUGCCAUAUUCAUCCUUCUACGACAAAUGUCAGAAAGGAGAAAGGCUAAAUGGGAAGAAAAUAAAACUAUCCCAACAAGCUGAAUUACAGGAAUAUGUAGUUGGUGAUUCAGCAUAUCCCUUGCUACCUUGGCUUCUGACUCCUUAUCAGGGAAAUGAUCUUUCACAGACCAAAGUUGACUUUAAUAAGCAUCACUUAGCAACUCGUGUUGUGGCACAAAGAGCAUUGGCGAGGUUGAAGGACGUCUGGAAGAUGAUAGAUGGAGUGGUGUGCAGACCUGACAAGCACAAGCUACCUAGUUUUAUAUUUGUUUGUUGCAUUCUUCAUAAUAUUGUCAUUGACAUGGAAGAUGAGGUACUGGAGGAAUUGCCAUUAUAUCACUGCCAUGAUCCAGGAUAUGGACAGGAUUUCUGCGAUUCAGCUGAUGUGACUGCCUCUGUUUCGAGGGAUAACCUCGCUCUAUACCUGUCGGAGAGAAACCAUCCUUGAACAGAUCAUGCCUUUGAUGAUUGAGAAGAGGAGGCUGUAGGUGGAAGACCUUUUACAGUCUGAAAUUUAGUAUAAUAAGUGAUGAUAGAGUAGUCUAUUGCCGAGUGCAUUCUGUCAGUCUAUUAGGCAAUGACUGCAGCAAAACAGGUAAAAGAAAUUUUUACUUAGAAAUA